ACACUGAACUCAGUCAUCUGCAAACAUGGCAGGUAGGAGACAAACCAAUAGAAAUCUGAAGAGGUGAGUCAUAAACUGCUGAAAAAUGGAGCUUAAAAUGAAAACGCCAGCUCAAUUACAACCUUCUGAAGGCAGCGGCAUCACCUCGAACAUCAAAAGACGCAUUGGUAACUGUUACUGUCACGUCAAUCCUAACACAGCUAAGGAGGCAGCUAUUACAUAGGAACUCUGAACCGCUGAAAGUCUGUAGGAAAAACAGAAAGUCACUGAAAAUAGCUUUGAAGUCACAGAAAUCCUUCCAACGAGACAGCACAAGAAAGCACAAUGCACUUAACUCUGUCCAAUCGCCUGCUGCGCUCCUAGGGAUUUAGGAUAGAAUCUUACCCUGCCCCACGCUGCCCCUACCAAUACCACACAGCGAGAGCACAGCACAGCCGCCAUCCAAGGCUGGCUCCGGGCUGCGGCAGCCAGGACCGUCACACCCGCGCUGUGCAGGGUGCCCCCUGAGGGGCCGGGCCGGGGCGGGCUGGAGCGGUGUUUACCAACAUGGGAGGAGCCGGGCCCGGCAGAAGCCCGGCGGCUUUCGUUUUUCAGGCGGGUUGCGAGACGGCGCUGCGCGGGGACAUGGCUCGGGGAUUCUUCCACCUGCUCCUCGUGGUUGUGUUAGUUAUGGAAACACACUGCAAAAAUGAUACAGAAGUUCCCGUACACGUAGCACACAAUAGAUCUAUUACAAGGAAGAGAAACUUUGCUAAGCGACAAAUUAUCUGUGCAGAGGAGGAAUACAUUUUAAAUGGUCAGUGCUGCAAGAAAUGUAGACAUGGUCAUGUCAAAAGUACUGAGUGCCCAAAGACUCAAGAAAGUUGUGUACCAUGCAAAUCUGGAGAGGAGUACAUGGAUCAUAUCAAUGAUUUGGACAAGUGUAUGAGAUGUCGUUCAUGUGACAUAGCACUCGGUUGGAAGGUUGUAAAGAACUGUACCCCAACAGAGAAUGCAGAAUGCUCCUGUGCAAAGAACCAUUACUGCAAAUCUCCUCAAUGUGACCACUGCGAGUCAUGUACCAUAUGUGAAAAUGGCCUAGUUGAAAAGGAAUGUACUUCAACUUCAGACACUGUGUGCAGAAUGCAAGAAGCAGGAAUGCCACCUUGGGGCACUGCACUUGUCAUAUCUGUGAUAGCAUUAGCAGUUGCAGCAGGAUUAAUACUCUACUGCAAAAGAAAACAGAAGAAUUUUAUUACACAAGAUAACAGAGCCAAUGGAAGAGACAGUUCUAAUGAGACUUCAACACUCAUAUCUAUAGAUGAUGAACUGAGCCGCCAUAUCCCUGACAUUGUGGGGGAGAUGACACUAGAUGAGGUCAAGACAUUCGUUCGUUAUCACGGUCUUUCAGAACCUAUCAUAGAUGAAAUUACCCAGGAUAACUGCAAUAACACAUCUGAACAGAAGAUUAAGCUCUUUCAGAAAUGGCACCAAAGGCAUGGGAUAAGAGGAGCCUACGGAACCCUAAUAAGCAGCCUGAGAGAUUUAAAAAUGCGUGCAAUAGCUGAUAAAAUUGAGGAAAAACUAAAGGCAGCUGUUUUAAGCCACCAGGAAAGGAGAGAGUCUUACGAUGACAAAACUGGGCAAAGCAAUUCCUGCAGUCAGGAAGGUGGAAAAUCUUAUCAUGAUAAUGCUGGAAUAAGUAAAACCUACCCUGAGAGUUUGGAAGAGACAUAGCAUAGAAUUAUAUGAAAAUUAUUUCUGACUGAAUUAGUAUUUUUUUACUACUACAAAUAACAAAGCUUCUAAAAGCCAUUUUGUUGGCAGCUCAGGGAGUUUUUCAGAGUUCUUACAACACAAGAGAAGAAUAGUUUGGAUUUUUGUAGAGGUAUGUUUCCUUUAAAAAAAAAAAAGUCUUAACUGUUUAUUUUGAUCGUUAAAAGAAGGACAGCUUUAUCGCUUAUUAAAGGUAACAAUAGAAGAGUUCAGCUAUAGGACUUGUUACAAAAAGAACGAAGCAGUCACUGGCAGAAAGGUUUAACUCAAAUGUGGUAGUCCUGAACACUGACUCAGUGUAGUUUUUCAAUUACAUUAUAAUUAUGGGAUGUUUUUCAAAGUGAAAAGUCUGAUGUUAAAGGUCUAUGAAAUAUACAAGGAAGAAUGCUUCAACAACAACAAAAUAAUAAACUUUUUUAUAAUAUACACCUAAUUAAUUCUAACUAUAUAACUUAAUCAUAGAAUGGCAUGGGUUGGACCUUUAAGAAUCACCUGCCAUGGGCAAGGUUGCUAACCACUAGAUCAGGCUGCUCAGGACCCCCACUGAACCUUGUUAUAACAUCUCCAGGGACUGGGUAUCCACAGCUUAUUUGGACCAUCUGUUCCAGUGCCUCAUCACCCUUUGAAUUUCCUCCUAACAUCUAACCUAAAUCUCCUCUCUCCAAGUUUAAAACCAUUCUUCCUUGUCCUAUCACUACCUACCUCUGUAAAAACUCAAUCUCACUCCUGCUUAUAAGCUUCCUUUAGGUACUGAAAGGCUGGAGUGAGGUGUCCCUGGAACCUUCUCUUCUCAAACCUAAACAAGCCCAGCUCCCUCAUCCUAUCUCCACAGGUUAGAUGCCAUCCUCUGGAUCCACUCUAACAGCUCCACAUUUUUCCUGUGUUGGGGGCCCUAGACCUGGAUACAGUACUCCAGAUGGGGCCCUCAUGUCCUCCCUGAUUCAAG